UACAACUAUUCACGGCUCCUGAAUGAUAGAACAUAUUGUUAUCAAAUGCCUCUCUCUAUCAUAACACACACACAUACUCCAACCCGACAAGCGGACUUAUAGAAGUCACAACCCGGCUUUAGUCGUGACUGCCACACAUAUUGUACGGAGAGCUUUUCUGUCAACACGCGCUUUGUCACCCCUUAGCAACGCCUGACGCCGGGACGCCAUUUUGGAUCAAUGCAGUUCAAGUCAAGACGGGGUGAACGAAAGAUUGAUUCAACAUGAUGUUGAAAUAUGUCAUAAUACGGCAGUAGGGCUGCAGCUAGAACGGCGACGCAACAACAGCAUUUAGGAUGUGUCGGUGGGGAUGUACGACUACGAGCACGACCUACCAGUGCAAGUGGUGUGGUACCCGCUUCUGCAAGGAAUGUCUGCGAGGGGACUUCUAUGGGGAGAUGUUCGAGCCGGGCAAGUGUCGCAGGUGCAACCAGAAAAGAUGUCAAGGCAUCCGUGUGGAGUACGUGCCCCGACCCCCCCAGGAGGACGCCGGCGAGAAAGGGAGGGGAAAGGGGAGUGCGGCCGACAGGAGUCGCAGCAAAAGUCCUUCUAAAAAGGGAGGGAAAGUCGCAAAAACGUCUGGCAGCAAAAAGGGCGGGAAAAAAUCAGGGAAGAAAGGCGGGAAAAAGAAAAAGAAGAAGAAGUGAAACCCUCAAAUGUGAAGGUUUUCUGACGUCACCGUAUCCAUGCGUGGGAAGUCACCGCUAGCAACAUGUGAUGAGAAGUUUAGUGAUUAUUCAAUGACAUAGGAACACAUUAAAUUCUCCCAAGCCAAAGCAAUUAUCAACCUAGAUCUCCUGUCCUGUGUGUGGUGUAUUGUACUGACGGUCGACUGCUCAAUGUCGGUAACUGUAUUCCUCUCGUUACCAUGGUAACUGAUGUCUGAUUAUGGUGACAGCAUCUAAAAUCAUUAUAUUUGUUGCCAUGGAGAUUCCCAUGUCUAUGUUUUGCGUUACUUCAGAUUUUUCUGUGUAGCCAGGUACUGAGUGAAGUCUGGGCCGACUAUUUUUUCCACAGGUCUUGAAUAUUUUCGACUUGUCUUGCCAUUUCAAGCCUCAACUUUUAAUCAAUCAAUUCAGUAUGGUGACCCCAUGUGUCCAAACAACUGAGUUCUUUCUGUGAUACGCAAUUUUCUACACUUUAUACUGUUUUAUUAUUAUUAUUUGUAUUGUUAUUUAUUAAACGAGAUCCACCACCUAGGUAUUGCUGGUGAAGGGGUGUUUCUCUCAUUCCAAGAUCAUCCAUUUGUAUAUGUUACUGAACAAAAUAAAAACGAUUUUAAGUGUU